CUCCACACUGUAGACCCGGGGUACAGGGCCGUGCCUGUGGGCUGCUCCUGGCGAUCCGAGGGACUUCAGCCAGAGAGUUUCGGCCUCCCCGGCUGGCCAUUGACUUUGCCACCACUCUGAACGCGAAGCUUCACCACCAUGAAGCUCCUGCUGCUGACCUUGGCAACCCUGCUGCUCCUGUCCCAGCUCACUCCAGGCGAUGCUCAGAGAUGCUGGAACCUCCAUGGCAAGUGUCGCCAUCGGUGCUCCAGGAAAGAGAGUGUCUAUGUCUACUGCACAAACGGGAGGAUGUGCUGUGUGAAGCCCAAGUACCAGCCCAAGCCAAAGCCAUGGAUGUUUUAAGUACCCUGAAGACUGGAGAAUGCAGUUGGCAAAGUUGUCCUAGGUUGAGCUCAUGGGCUCUUGUGCUCAGUCAAUAAAUGCACCUGGCCGACA